UCUCAGCGAGGGAGUGAGAGCAGCCCACAGCAGCGCAGGUUGCGCGGCACACAUCUACAUCACCGGAAAAAGACACCUUCAAGAUCCUCUGUUUGCAGCAAGACUAUUUGGAUGGAAAGGAUUAUUUUCUUAUUUUACCCGAAAGCCGAGGAGAUAUUAAGUCAAGCAACGUUUUUUUUAAUGCUCCCCCGAUAAUCAACACUCUUCAUCCAUUGCCUCAAAGAAAACCUUCUCGGAUCGUCGAAAGCAUUAGAGAAAAUGAUGAACAUCAGAGAUCGCUGGAGGCUGUACAAGAAGGUGAGUGUCAUGUUUUUCCUGGCCGUGGUGGCGCUGACUGUUGUCCAGAGAGGGAGCAUCAAUAUGGGGGCUCCCUUCGAACUCGAGAGGCAGGCUCGCAUGGAUAUCUCUGAGGAAGUGGAGCCUGGAGCUGCUCUGGCAGGGAAAAGGGACUCAAAUGUGAAGAUAAAAGGCUUCUGGAAAGCCAGUAAACAGCAGUCACAGCCUAAAACCAGGGCCCCCACUCAGGAGCCCAGAAUCACUAAAAGCAGCAGCCCCAGAACCUGGGAUAUAACCAGCUCCAACUGUAGCUCCAACCUCAACCUCUCCAACCAGGACUGGUUCAGAAGCCUGGAGGGCAAUUUCAAGCAGUUCAUGCUUUAUCGACACUGCCGUUACUUCCCCAUACUCCUCAACCACCCAGAGAGGUGCACAGGAGAGAUAGAUUUGCUCAUGGUAAUUAAAUCAGUGGCCACCCAGCAUGACCGCAGGGAGGUCAUCCGAAAAACCUGGGGCAAAGAACAGGUGCUGAAUGGCAAAAGGAUAAAGACUCUCUUCCUUCUUGGUAAACCGUCCAAUGAGGCAGAGAGAGCGAACCAUCAGAAGCUUGUGGAGUACGAGGACUACAUCUAUGGGGAUAUCCUCCAGUGGGAUUUCUUGGAUAGUUUCUUCAACCUCACACUUAAAGAGACUCACUUCCUCAAGUGGUUCAACACUUACUGUCCCAGUGUGCGAUACGUCUUUAAGGGGGACGAUGAUGUAUUUGUCAAUGUGGAGAACAUCUUUGAGUACCUGGAAAGCAGCAACCAUAAGAAGAACCUGUUUGUGGGGGAUGUGAUUUUCAAGGCUAAGCCCAUUCGUAAAAAAGAAAACAAGUACUACAUACCCCAAGCUCUGUAUGAUAAGACGCUGUAUCCUCCAUAUGCUGGUGGAGGGGGUUUUCUGAUGGAUGGGACCCUGACAAGGAGGCUUCACUCGGUCGCCAACACCCUGGAGCUCUACCCAAUUGAUGAUGUCUUCUUGGGAAUGUGUCUGGAGGCGCUUCAGGUCACUCCUAUAAAACACAAUGCCUUUAAGACGUUUGGCUUGGUGAAAAAUAAAGCCAGUAAGUUGAACCGAGAACCUUGUUUCUUUAAGAGCAUGAUUGUGGUGCACAAGCUGCUUCCACAGGAACUCACGCACAUGUGGCAUCUGGUUAACAGUGACCUGGUCUGUGCACAGAAAGUGGAGAUCCUAUAGCUUGACGAGAACACCAGGUAAGGACAGCACCAACAAGCUGAGCUACACCUUGGUGGAUGCCAACAGGAAGUACAGUGCAACAUAUGAGAGUCGAAUGCAAACUUUCCAGUAAUAUCUCCUUUAUGUGGAGAGGGACCAAUACAAUAUUUGAAUUUCCUGCUUCUGUGCAGUACUGCCAGCUUUGGAGGCCAAGUAAAUUAUAGUUUUUUCUUUCUUUUUUUUUUUUUUUUUUUUUUUGUUUGUUUGUUUUUUAAGAUUUUCCCAGAGCUGUGUAUUUAUAUUGGCAUCUGGAAGGACUCACACUGUAAGCAUGCAGAUUCAGAGAAAUCAGUCAAAGUUGGUGUGCUUCAUCAGUGAGCACACUAAGGAGGACAUUUACUUGCUCUGCAAUUACAGACUUUAUAUACUUUUGCAUAAUAAUCUGUUGUGGGCACUGGUGCAAAACAUUUAAUGGGUAGCAUACAAACACCCUCCUCUUCCUCUCUUCUAUGGCCAACACCUAUUCCUCCCAUUUGUCUUGCUUCCUGCAUUGGCUUCUCUUGCACCAGUUUGGCAUGCUGCAGUGGCUUCAGAUAGCUUCAAGAAAGAGAAAACAACAACUCUCUCUACCUCAGCGAUUUGGUCAAAAAACUCUUAACUCUUAAAACUCUCUUUAAUAAUUGGUGACCUUUUCUGCUUAAAUAUAUCCAUGAUACCAUUAUCUGCAUAUAUAGUACACGUUCUUAAAGAAUGAUUUGAAUCACAUUUUGGAUCAUAAAGGUCCUUGCACUCUUUAUUUUGGAAUGUGAUGAACUUGAUCUGGGCUUCUACGAAUCCUAUACUACUGGAAACCUUUUUUAAAAAACAUGUCUAAACUUAUUACAUGUUUGCUGUCCAUUGAUUUGAAUGUGCUGAUAUACUUGACAUGAAUUUGGUAGAGGUUUGUACUAUGACACUGUGAACUAAAACUAUUGCCGGUACGAGCAUAUGACAUGUUAAGUUAAUUGCCCCCCAACAAAAGGGGGAAAAUGUGGGGUUCUUAUGUUUUAUUUAAAGCAACAAAUGAGCAUAUUAAUAGGAUGUUCAAUGAUUAUAAAGCUGAAUAUUGUGGGUAUAGUGGGUGAUGAUUAUAUCUGGGUGAUGUAAAUAUAUGUAAAAAUCAAAAUGUACAUAGAAUGUCAUUUGUAAAUAAACGUCUUG